AACAGAUAUGUCCAACUGCGCCGUGUAGAGUCUGCGGGACAUUAACAUAAAUCUGUCACUGCUCAAACAACUGUCGGACUCAAGUACUGACACUGAUCCUGGGACAUGUCUCACUGUGGAGGACGCCGGCUGAAGCAGUGGCUCAUGGAGCAGAUCCAGAGCGGACAGUACUCUGGGCUUCAGUGGGAGGAUGACAACCGCACCAUGUUCAGGAUCCCGUGGAAACACGCAGGAAAACAGGAUUAUAACCAAGAAAUAGACGCCUCCAUUUUUAAGGCCUGGGCUGUGUUUAAAGGCAAAUUUAAGGAAGGGGACAAAGCUGAACCAGCGACUUGGAAGACCAGACUCCGCUGUGCCCUCAACAAAAGCCCAGACUUUGAGGAGGUGACUGAGAGGUCUCAGUUGGACAUCUCUGAGCCUUACAAAGUCUAUCGCAUUGUUCCAGACGAGGAACAAAAAUCUGGUAAAAGCCCUUUGCUGCCUAUUUCUACCACCUCUGGUGAUAUGACAGACAUAGACUGCAGUCCUGCAAUGGAUGAUUUCAUUAAAGAAGAAGAUGCCUGUAACAUCCAGUCCAGCCCAGAGUAUUGGUCUCAGGGCACCAUGAACUCUUAUCCUCUCCAUCAGGAUCCUCUGCCGUCUGGGACUGUGGCCUCAGCCUUUGCCCAGAUGAUGAUCAGUUUCUACUAUGGUGGAAAGUUGACACAUAGCACUGUGGUCACUCAUCCUGAAGGCUGUCGGAUCUCUCCUGGACAGCAGCAUGUGAGCCGGGGUACACCGUACAGCUCUGACUCAAUGCAAAGUGUUAAUUUCCCGCCUGCCGAGCUCAUAGAGCACGAGCGCCAGCGCUAUAUCACACAGAAGCUGCUGAGCCAUUUAGAGAGAGGGGUGUUGGUGAGGGCCAAUCAGGAGGGCAUCUUCAUCAAGAGGCUGUGUCAGAGCAGAGUGUUCUGGAGCAGCCUGGGAGAGGCUUACACCGCUGUGCCCCGUAAACUCCAAAGAGAUGCCGUGGUCAAGAUCUUUGACACGGAAAGGUUCCUGCAGGCUCUGCAGAUGUAUCAGGAGGGACAGUAUCCUGCCCCAGAACCCACAGUGACUUUGUGUUUUGGAGAAGAGCUCCAGGAUCUUAAUAAUGCCAAGAACAAACUAAUCAUAGUGCAGAUUACAAUGGUAAAUUGCCAGCACUGGAUUGAAGCAGUGAACAUGCGUCGGAUGCAGUGCUACGUCACCAGCACAAACAUGGAGAUGUCCGAGGAGGUCACCUCAGAGCAGGUGGCUCACAUCUACCAGGACCUGUGCAGCUACGGUGGCCCUCAGAGGACAUCCUGCUAUAGGGACAACAUGACCAUCACCGCCUGAACUGGUAGUCCUAGAGUCUAGCCAUCUGUGGAUUUAAGAGACAACCUUGACUACUGAGUAUCAUACACCAUCUUAUGACCAACAGUUAUAGAGUGUUACCCAGACCCAGUCAUUUAAUGAAACAACAUCUUGACAGUCUCCAAACUGAGGAUUAGUUAUUUCUGUGAUUGUUCACUUGCAUGUAUUUUCUUACACCUUCAGUAUUGUUACUGCAUCUGAACUGUGCACUGGAACUGGUAUUUAGUUCUCGUGGAUCAAUUCUGUUUGAUAAACAUAAUAUUGUAGCUGUUCUUUGUGCAGCAUCUCCACCCUCUUGAAUCCAAAGCAAAUUUAGGUUAUGUUAACUUUCUUGUUCACAUUCAUAAUUAUAUCAUUCCUGAAAUCAAAUCUAAUGUGGCAUUCAAUUAGGAUAGGUUUUACUAUCUGCUUGUUUUUAUUGCUCAUUUUUAUACAGUAAUUUUCUAUUAAAAGUUUGAC